AUGGCAGCCCUAGUUAGCAGCAGCAGCAGCAGCAGCAGCAAUAAGGGGAACAAAAGCAGCAACUGCAGCAGUAGCAGCGGCAACAGCAGGAAUAGCAGCAGCAGUAACAACAGCAGCGACAAAAACAAAAACAGCAGCAGCAGAAACAACAGCGACAACAAAAACAGAAAUAGCAACUGCAGCAGCAAAAACAGGAGGAUCAGUCGCUGCAGGAGCAGCAGCAAUAAAAGCAAUAACAGCAGCAGCAGCAGCAGAAGCAGCAGCAGCAGCAGCAGCAUACUGGCAUCUCUGAGUGUGGCUUUGUUUCUGGCCAUGAGUUUGGCAUGGGCUUGGCAGAGGCGGAGAAGACUUUCUAAGAAUCUUGGGGUGAGUCCAGCAGCAGAAACGAGAGGAGCAGCAGCAGCAGCAGCAGCUGCAGCAGCAGCAGCAGCAGCAGCAGCACGCAGCGCAGCGUAG